GACAGAGGUUAGCAGCUGAGCAGGGAAACUCCAUUUCACAUUAUCUAUACAUUUAUAACAGAAACUCUACAUACAUCUCUGUGUGUGUUCCUGAUAAUGGAAUCUGUGACAAGUUUAUCAGUUCUUUGGACCACUGAACAACUGACAUUGGAGAACAAUGUAUCCAUAUCACCUUAUCUAAACACCUGCAGUAUACAAGAUGGAAUCCUUUCUUUGACACUUCCAGCAGUUUAUUCACUUGUGUGCGCUAUAAGUCUGCUGAGCAACACACUAGCUCUGCUUGUAUUUUGGACCAACUUUCAAAAAUGCACAUCAAUUGUAAUUUACAUGAGGAGCCUUGCUGUGGCCGAUCUUCUGCUAUCUUUAUGUUUACCUUUCCGAGUAGCUUAUCAGAAUAAUAAUGGGCCUUUAAUCCUUUGCAAGAUCAUUGGUGCAUUUUUUUACCUGAACAUGUACGCCAGCAUAAUGUUCCUAAGCUUGAUAAGCCUUGACCGCUACCUUAAGAUUACCAAACCGCUUAACCAGUACAAGAUCCACAGCGUAUCGUGGAGCACAAAAGCUACCCAUGUGGUUUGGAUUCUGAAUCUACUUUGCAUCGCUCCUUUCCUCUUUGAGGGUAGCGGAAGUGGACCUUGUAGUCAGAAGUGCUUUCACUUCAAGAGACAAGGAUAUUUAGCAGCUUCUAUCAACUUAACAGCUGUUUUUUUAUUCUUCAACAUUUUAUUGCUCUUUGUGUUUUUUUAUGCCAAGAUAUCAGUUAAAUUACACAAGGCUUCUCAGGGAAAAGCUCAACCUCAAACAAAAAGAAACAGCACCAGAGCAAUCACUAAGUCUUUUGUUGUCUUGGUUAUCUUCAUUGUGUGUUUUGUUCCGUACCACAUUGUCCGAGUGCCUUAUGUCCUUGCACAGAUAGACAUUAUUACUGGCCUGCCCUGGAAACAGACUCUCCAUAUAACCAAUGAAUUAGUGCUCUGCUUAUCCACUUUCAAUAGCUGUCUUGACCCGGUGAUUUAUUUCUUUUUGUCUGAUGGAUUCAAAAGAGCUGUGAUUUUUACAUUUCAGGGGAAGCUCAAACUCUUAAUGAAUAAUCAAGACCGUGUAGGGAACAGUAAUCGAUCUCUUACUGAUAUCUGAUUCCCAUUCUGAUUUCCUAAACUUCUUAUCCAUAUAAAUGCACUAAGCUCAGGGUGAUUAUUUGACUCAUGUAUGUUUGUGUAAAAAGUUAUACAAAUCAUGGAGCACACUGUAUAUCUAGAUACUGGAGAAGCUGAGGCCUGGAUUUUCUGUACAAAACAAACUGGAAAUAAGAUUCUUUGCACU